CUUCCCCGCCUCCGCAGCCUAGUGGCAAGGAGGUGGGAGGAAAGAAGGAAGAGGGAGGAGGCAGGACAGAGGGAGGGACUGCCCGGGAGGCAGGAGCGCCGCCAGGAGCCUAGCGGAGCACCGUGAGCUGAGGUGCAGCCAGCCACCCGCAGCUCCCUGCGCCCCCUCAUCCAUAGCCCUCUGAGCCCCGCGCCCCUGGCAGCUUCCAGCGUUCGUCCCCAGGCAGCAUGGUGAGGUCUGUUCUGGGUCCCUCGCCACCAUGUACGUGAGCUACCUCCUAGACAAGGACGUGAGCAUGUACCCCAGCUCCGUGCGCCACUCCGGCGGCCUCAACCUGGCGCCGCAGAACUUUGUCAGCCCCCCGCAGUACCCGGACUACGGUGGUUACCACGUGGCGGCUGCGGCGGCUGCUGCGGCGAACUUGGACAGCGCUCAGUCGCCAGGGCCAUCCUGGCCCGCUGCAUACGGAGCCCCUCUCCGCGAGGACUGGAACGGCUACGCGCCUGGGGGCGCUGCCGCGGCCAACGCGGUAGCCCACGGCCUCAACGGGGGAUCCCCGGCCGCCGCUAUGGGCUACAGCAGCCCCGCCGACUACCACGCUCACCACCACCCGCAUCACCACCCGCACCAUCCGGCCGCAGCGCCGUCCUGCGCCUCGGGCUUGCUGCAGACGCUCAACCCCGGCCCUCCGGGGCCCACAGCCACCCCCGCCGCUGAGCAGCUGUCCCCCGGCGGCCAGCGGAGAAACCUGUGCGAGUGGAUGCGGAAGCCGGCGCAGCCGUCCCUGGGAAGCCAAGUGAAAACCAGGACGAAAGACAAAUACCGAGUGGUGUACACAGACCAUCAACGGCUGGAGCUGGAGAAGGAGUUUCACUAUAGUCGAUACAUCACCAUCAGGCGGAAAGCUGAGCUGGCUGCCACGCUGGGGCUCUCAGAGAGGCAGGUUAAAAUUUGGUUUCAGAACCGCAGAGCCAAGGAAAGGAAAAUCAACAAGAAGAAAUUGCAACAGCAACAGCAGCAGCAGCAGCCGCCGCCGCCGGCACCCCCUCCGCCACAGCCGGCGCAGCCUCAGCCAGGCGCCCUGAGGAGCGUGCCCGAGCCCUUGAGUCCGGUGUCUUCGCUGCAAGGCUCGGUGCCCGGUUCUGUCUCUGGGGUCCUGGGGCCAGCUGGAGGGGUGUUAAACCCCACGGUCACCCAGUGACCCCCUCCCAUGGUCUGUAGCGGCGGCAGAGCAAUUCCAGGCUGAGCAAUGAGGAGCAUGGACGCUGCUAGCAUCCUCAGAAGAGACCCCUCUCCUCCCGCCCACCCACAAUGCCUACAGAUGAGGAAUGGGGAAGACGUAUUAAGACAAGUGGGAUUGAUUGUGGGCCUCAGGGGAAGAGAUGGUCCAGAUUUUUUUUCUUUUUUUUUUUUUUUUCGUUCAUGCUCUCUGCCAGGACUGGCUACCGGCACCAAAAUAUUUCAGCCUCUUUUGCCCCAGCUCUCUGCCUCCAACACGGACUGUAUUUCUGGUUGGAGCUGAGGAGGGGGGGUGGUGAGGCUGGGGAAUGAGCAAUACUUGAGCCGAGAUGGCUGUUUCCUGCUAACUGCUUUCUGAGAACCAGCUGGCCGUCGUGCCUCAAGGCCAGGGCCAGUUCAAACUGCAGGAGCCAGAGGCAGCUGCGUGGAAGGCUGGACCGAUCAAAGUCUGCAGAACCCCCAGGUGGUCUGCUUUCCUCUCCCUUGCCGACCAGGAAGGGUUGGUGGGUUCAGGGGCGGCGGCGGCCUCGAGAGGAGGGGGUGGCCUGCCAACCCCAGGCCCCCGCCACAAGGGCUUGUUUGGAAAGCCUGUCACCAGAGCUGCGGUAGGCUGAAUGCAUGUCCGUGUUGGAAAUGCCAGAGCCAACCUGGACUUCCUGUCCUUGCCCUGGUCUCUGGCUGCUGGAGAACGGAGUUGCUGCUGCUGUUGGAGUCAUUGAUCGGCGUCACAAGCUAAGCCAGCCUUUUAAAAAGCCGUGGGUAGAGAAGUCAUAUGGUGAAGGGAAGUGGGGGUAUCCGAACACAGUCGACUUUUAUUUUCUAAAAAGACAAAAGAUAAACGAACUUUACAGAUUUCA